AUGGUUCGGGGAUACACACGUUGCUCUCGCUUCUGCAAGUUCUGUAAGCAGGACUGUAGAUGCUCAGCUUGUGAUAGAUGCCAUACCUGCAGACUUCGUAGCUUUGAGGCCUCGGGCGAGAAUCUUCGGGAUCGGAGUUCGAAGGAAAAGUCGUCUGACUGCAAGACCUACCAGCACGACUGCCUCGAUGAUGCACCUAAAAUGGAUAAAACGAUCCCUGAAGAGGGGAAGAGCUGUUGGGACUCGUUUGUGAGGCUCAGAGGAACUUCACCUGGCAAUCAAGUCAACUUUGAAAAAUUUUCCCAGUCAGGCAUCGUGACCAUCCAUCUCACCAAGGAGAACAUCAAAUACAACAUCCACGAAAGUCUCCUUUUGGCGGAAAGCCUUUAUUUCCAAAGGAUGCUAGAGAUUAAAAUGCUCGAAUCACAAACACGAGAAGUCUCCCUAGGCCUUGAGGUCGAUACGAAAAUAGCCUUUGACCGGUUUAUACAGUGGUGCUACUUCGGAUACUACAUCUAUGACAACGAUAAGAACCUGCCGCUAUUAUCGAUUGACGCCGCUGUCUAUGUCUUCGCAUCGAGAGUUAUGUGCGACGACCUCCAGGAUUUCGCAGUCAAACAAGCGAAAGCACUGUGUAAUUCUAAAGACAAAUCUACAAUUCAGGCCAACCUAUCGAUCUUACCCGAAACUAUAGAAUUUGUCUACGAGAAUACAUACAGUGCAGACACCGAAGAAGGGGUUUUAAUGCAAAGCGUACUAGAAGAGCUAGACCUGCAGAUGGAUUUUGUUAUAGUCUCUCAUGAUGAGCCUCAAACGAUUGGAGCAGUCGGAAGUCGGGUUCCACAGGAUAACUUCCGCAAGCUUCUAGCUUUUGUUUCAGCACGACAUCUUGACCAACUGCGAAAGGAACCGUCUUUUAUGACAGUUCAUCGCUCAUUGUCAGAUUUUGCUGCGGAUGUUUUGUUCUUUGUCCAGCAGAGCUCCGAUGAGCACGAGCCUGUCAAGCACGCUCCCUGUAUACUAUCCUGA